GAAGCGGACGGAGCCCCGGGUCCGCGUCGCCUGCCGGCCAUGGACGAGGCCGACCGGCAGCUCCUGCGGCGGAGCCGGGUGCGGCUGGUGAAAGAGCUGCAGGUGGCCGAGCUGUGGGACGCGCUGCUCAGCUGCGAGCUCUUCACGGCCGACAUGAUCGAGGCCAUCCAGCAUGCGGGGACACGCCGGGAUCAGGCCAGGCAGCUGGUCAUAGAACUGGAGACCCGAGGGAGGCAGGCCCUUCCGUUGUUCAUCUCCUGCCUGGAGGACACUGGCCAGCACACGCUGGCUUCUUUCCUGCGAGCCAGUAGGCAGGAACAGAACCCUGAGGCCCUCAGACCUCUGCCGCUGACACCUUUCGUGCUGGGACCAGUGGGCUUCCAACCAGAGAAGCCGACAGCGGUGGCUUCGCAGGCGGCCCUGGGAAACCUCUCCCCGGUAGUGCUGGGGCCCGAGGAGCUGUGUCCAGCCAAGCUCAGGCCAGAGGUUCUCAGGCCGGUGGAAUCCAGUUCUGGAGGAUUCCGUGAUGUCUGUGCUCAGGACGGUGUGAGAGGAAACGCAGAUUUGGCGUACGUCCUGAACGCAGAGCCCUGCGGCCACUGCCUCGUCAUCAACAACGUGAACUUCAGCAGCGCCUCGGGGCUCAGCGCCCGCAACGGCUCCAACAUUGACUGCGAGAAACUGCGGCGCCGCUUCUGCUCGCUGCACUUCGCCGUGGAGGUGAAGUCUGACCUGACGGCCAAGGAAAUGCUCCUGGCUUUGGUGGAGCUGGCACAGCGGGACCACAGCGCCCUGGACUGCUGUGUGGUCAUCAUCCUGUCUCACGGCUGCCAGGCCAGCCACCUCCAGUUCCCUGGGGCCGUCUAUGGCACGGACGGAUACCCCGUGCCCGUUGAGAGAGUCGUGAACAUCUUCAACGGGACCAGCUGCCCCAGCCUGGGUGGGAAGCCCAAGCUAUUCUUCAUCCAGGCCUGCGGAGGGGAGCAGAAGGACCACGGGUUUGAGGUGGCCUCCGCUUGUCCCGAAGACAGGCCCUCUGGGCACAACCUGGAGCCGGAUGCCACCCCGUUCCAGGGAGGCCUGAGGACCUCCGAGGACCAGGUGGAUGCUGUGUCUAGCUUGCCCACGCCCAGUGACAUCCUCGUGUCCUACUCCACCUUCCCAGGUUUCGUCUCCUGGAGGGAUCCCAAGAGUGGCUCGUGGUAUGUGGAGACCCUGGACCACAUCCUGGGGCAGUGGGCUCCCACUGAAGACCUGCAGUCCCUGUUGCUCCGGGUCGCGAAUGCUGUUUCCGAGCGAGGGAUUUACAAACAGAUCCCUGGCUGUUUUAAUUUCCUCCGGAAAAAGCUUUUCUUUAAAACUUAGCGGGGCCAGGGCCCCUCACCCUGCCUUGUGUUUCACCCCAAAACCUUCCUGCGCCAGGCCUGGACCUCCCUGCAGCGCGAGGCUUUGGGGGCCCGCUGCGGACAGCCUUGUAGCAGCUCCCGGGUUGGAGACAGGUGCCAGGCGGUGGAGGACGAGCCCGGAGGAACGCUGCGGACACCACCGGGCUCCUCCCCCGGGGCUGGGCCUGGGCUGGUGAACGUGACUGUGACCUCCAGGUUCUGUCUGAGCGGGGUUUCCGGAUCUGCAGGCUACUGAUGUCUGGGGCAGGACGAUCCUUCAUGCUGGGGGUUUGUGCUGUGCACCGUAAGCUGCUCGGGGCCACCCCCGGCCUCUACCCGCUGGGUGCAGGAGCUCCUGUCCCUGAGUCGUGCCGACAGACAUCUGCAGACCCUGCCACAUGUGCCUGGCGGACAAAACCGCCCCCACGUGGGAACCACUGACCCGGAGGGAUUUUUGCUACAAACGAGCCAGCGUCUUUCUUAGGGCAACGGAGCCCGAAGAGUUGGGAUCUGUGAAUUCUAAGUGACGUUUUGAAAAUAGCUCACGUCGCCUGUAUUGUGUGAUUAAUUCCUAAAAACGUGAAUGUGAGGGGAGUGUGGACUCUUUUUGCCCAUUUCCCGCCUCGUUUUGCUCUCUUGGUUCUUCCUCAUAUAGCAGACUUGCAGUUUUCCAACUUCUCUCUGUCUUAAUUCCUCUGAGCCCCUCCCAGCCCAGGAGUGAGACCCGGGUGGGGGCUGUGUCCUGCUGCAGGGGCUUGAGUCUCUUGUCCCAGGGAACACAGACAUCCUGUGGAGAGACCUGGCCGGGGUUCAGGGUCUUCUGAGCACCAGCCAGGGCCGCCCACCUGCCGCCCUGGCUGAAGGGGUCCCCGGGCUGCCGUGUGGCUGCGCUGGGCAUCAGUGCGAUGCUAGUGCUGUCUCUGAGCUCCUCUCGGCUGCCCUGACCCUGGCCUAUUUCUUGUUCCCAAGGCCCCGGAUGUUAGGACGGUUUGUUAAUAAGGCUCGCACCCAGAUGUGAUUUUCGUAGCUGUUUUAUUGUUUCCCAAGUCUGACAGUCGUGGAGCCGCCUCUUGCUUUGUGACUGGCAGUUGCCUGGUUAGUUCUUUGCGAUCACCUGCAGGACACACACAAGAAAACAAUGCAGUUAAUCUGGGGACAGAGCCAUGCUUGGCCGCUUCCUGUGUGGCCUCCAGGCUGCCCACUGCUCCUGUGACUCGCGGGCAGCCAGAGCGGCAGUAGCUCCAGGUCUAGGAGCCGUGACUGUGUGAGAGAGGAGGGGAGGCGGCCACAGCGUCUCAUCAGUCCGCUGGGGUCUUUGGGCAGAGUCCCGUGUGGGCUCCCGGAUGGGGGUGCCUGUGCACUCCUGCACAUUUUGUGCCCAACGUGUGGACAAGUGUGGCUGGAGAUCUCAUUUGCAUGGGGCUGGAGCUGCUUGGAGAGGCUGUUUGAGAGUGGUCUCCAGCAGCAUUUUAAUGUGGCAGCCCCAGGGGCGGGGAGGUGCGUCCUGGCAGCCUCAUUCACUAUCUUCACACUGGGGCGUAGUCCGGAGCUGUUCACCAGCACAACACAGCUGUGUGCCUAGACAAGUCCAGUGACUUGGGGGUGAAAGUGAGGAGCCCCUGGCGCUGCUACUCUGGGUCAGAAGACUGUGUGUCCACGUACAGAUGUACCCACAGCACCCGUGAGCAAGGAUGAACCCUGGGGAGCGGACUUGAAGAUGUGAAAUGAAGGGGGCCUUUACUUUUUCACUUGGCAUGCUCCUGAAUUUUUAAUAUUUCUGCAAAGAGUGCCUGCUACGUUCUGGAAAAGAAAACUGAAGCCGAAUGCUGGAGGUGCGUGUGCGGCUGUCACUCAGGGAUGUUUGUUGAAGGGAUGAAUGCCCUUGGCCACCUGUCUCGUCCUGUUGCUUCUCUGUCUGUGCCUUUUGUUGGCACCCGCCCGGGUUAUCCAGGCAGGUGCUCCCGGGCGAGUGACCCCGAGCUGCACACGGCGUGCCUUGUGCAGCUUUCGCUUGCCCCUCUGCAGCUGCCGUGGGCGGCGGCCCCGGAGGACAGCCGGCUGCCUGGUGCUCCCGCUCCCGGAUCCCAUAGCCGGGCACGUGUGUCUGCCCUGGCUACAGUCCUGUGAACGCGGGGCCUCUGCCCAGCUGUCUCGCACGUUCUGCUUUGCCCGCUGGAUCCCCUCUGCCAUCUGGCCAUGCCUUCGGCUCUGGCCCACUCUGUCCUGUUUGUGUCCCGGCUGUGGCUGGCGACAGCUGACGCUGGGACAACAAAUGAGGACGACUGCUCCCGGGCUCUGCUUUGGGCCCCCAAGGUGGGGCCAGGACCAGCUGCACGGUGACUCCCGCAGCUGCGGGGGCUGGAAGAGGAGCCUAGGAUGUGGCUGGGCACAGGCCCCCGGGCAUGCUCCGGCCAGUCCGUCUCGGGCCAUGCUCCUUUGAAAUGCCAGUGGGCCCUCAAUGGCUGCCCUCAGAUGUCCCUCCACCAAAGUUGAAUCGUGGCUUCCCCCAGUUUACCAAACAAGAACAACGAAAAACAAAAACAAACAAAAGUAGUGGCCCUGCUCUUGUUGGUUUUCUCCUUUUUUCCCACCAAUCUUUUUUGGCAUCUCUGGUGUCUGUGACCACCUGUUGAGACAGAACUGCCGGCCGACAGACAAAAGGACAAGGAGCUGGCCAGUCUUAAUGGACAAGCUUGGGAGAGCCACCUGCUGUGUUUUGGGUUCUAUUAAUGAAGUGUCACUGGAAUUCAUCGGAACAGUCUCUGCACAUUAAAGCCAUGA